AUGCCUCCACUAGAUGCAUGUACAUCAUCAUCGGUUUCUCUUCGUUGUCCAAAUAAUUAUGUUGUUGUUGUUUCACGUGCCUUUUAUGGUGUUGCACAAAUACAAGGUUUAUGCAGUUAUUCACCAAGUGAUUGUAUUGCUGAUUCGACGAGUACAGUAGCAUGUAACAGUGAUUCAAUUCAAUGUAAUCUAUAUGUGACAAAAAAAAAGUUACCUCAAUGUAAUGAUCAAUUUAGUAGUUAUGUUCAUAUUGAAUAUGAUUGUGUACCAAUAUCAAUGGAUGAUUCAACAAAAGAAUAUAAUGUAUGUCAACAAAAUAGUACAGAAAUAACAAGUGAUCAAGGUAUCAUAAGGAGCCCUGGUUAUCCUACACAAUUUCCAAUAACAACAUCCGAAUGUCUCUGUUCUAUACGUGUACCACACGAUAAAACUAUUCGUUUAUGGUUAAGUGAUCUAUAUAUUAGUUCACUAAGUAUAAAUUGUGUUAGUGAUCAUGUAACUGUUGUUGAUAGUGUUCAAACAUAUCGAAAUUGUGGUACUAAACGAUAUGCUUAUCCAUAUUUGUGUUCAUCAACAAUUCUUAUUCAAUAUUCAGUUCAAAUACAAUCUUCAAUCUAUCGAGGAAUGAGAAUGUAUUUUGAAAUAGUCGAUCGACCGACAAAUGAUAAUUGUUCAAAUUCAAAUGAAACAAUAACACCUGCACUGGCUAUCAAACAUAAGCUCCUGAUACCUUAA